UUGAGGAUCCGUCGUCGGACCCAGACCGUCCGAGGCCUGAGCGCUCCAGCCGUCGAGGAACCGCCUGGGGACGCCUGCCCUGGGCUCCAGCCGUGCCCCGACCCCCUGGCACUGCAGCCGUGUGCGACGCCAUGUGCCCGCUGCUCCUGCUGUACUUGCUGCCUGGGGUCUCCGGGCUGCCCUUCUACAACGGCUUCUACUACUCCAACACCCCCAACGGCCGGGACCCGGGCACCGGCCACGGCGAAGGCAUCUUCAAUGGGGUGAAGCUGGUGGUGGAGACGCCCGAGGAGACCCUGUUCUCCCAGCUCGGGGCCAAUGUGACCCUGCCCUGCCGCUACCGCUACGAGCCGGCCCUGCUGUCCCCGAGGCCAGUGCGCAUCAAGUGGUGGAAGCUGUCGGAGGAUGGGGCCCCGGAGCAGGACGUGCUGGUGGCCAUCGGGCUGAGGCACCGCUCCUUCGGAGACUACCGUGGCCGGGUGCGCCUGCCGCAGGGCGGGGAGCGUGAAGCAUCGCUGCAGAUCUGGGACCUGCGGCUGGAGGACUCGGGGCGCUACCGCUGUGAGGUCAUCGACGGGCUGGAGGACGAGAGCGGCCUUGUGGAGCUGGAGCUGCGGGGUGUGGUCUUUCCCUACCAGCAUCCCCGGGGGCGCUACCAGCUCAACUUCCACGAGGCCCAGCGGGCAUGUGAGGAGCAGGACGCUGUGGUGGCCUCCUUCGAGCAGCUAUUUCGGGCCUGGGAGGAGGGCCUGGACUGGUGUAACGCAGGCUGGCUGCAGGACGCCUCGGUGCAGUACCCGGUCACGCUGGCCCGGCAGCGCUGCGGUGGCCUGGGCCUGGCACCCGGAGUGCGCAGCUACGGCCCGCGGCACCGCCGCCUGCACCGCUACGACGUAUUCUGCUUCUCUGCUGCCCUCAAGGGGCAGGUGUACUACCUGGAGCACCCCGAGAAGCUGACCCUGGCGGAGGCAGAGGAGGCCUGCCGGGAAGACGGCGCCCGGAUUGCCAAGGUUGGCCAGCUCUUUGCCGCCUGGAAGUUCCGUGGCCUGGACCGUUGUGACGCCGGCUGGCUGGCAGAUGGCAGCGCCCGCUACCCUGUGGUUCGCCCGCGUCCCAACUGCGGUCCCCUGGCGCCAGGCAUCCGAAGCUUCGGCUUCCCAGACCCGCAGAGCCGCACGUAUGGCGUCUACUGCUACCGCCCGCGCUAGUCUCCGCCCCUCCCGCGCUAGCCACGCCCCUCCCGCGCGAGACCCCGCCCCCUCGCCGCGCGGGCUCUAUUUAUUGAGCGGUUCCUUGCACCUUGCAGGUUGGGGCAGUGUUUGUAUUGUUUUGAUACUUAUCAAAUUAAUUUUUUUAACUGCUGUGUUUUUGUUUGUUUUGUAAAUCCAAGAUUCCAAAUCCUCUCUUUGCUUAGGUGGACACAAGACUCUCCCCUCUCCCCAGGAACCCCUCUGCCCCUCUCUUCCAUGGGCUCACGAGGGAUCUCUGCCAUCGCUGAACGUAGUAGUCCCUGUCCCUGCCCUAGGGAGGCCAGAGCCCAGAGCGGGCAAUGACACGUGGUGGCCACGGCUCCCCUACCCCUCAUCCUGGGGGGAGGGGAGGGUGUCCAGGGGUCCCUGGAGUUGGGCGCGGGGCCUUGUGGUCCCCUGCCUGCUCCCACUUCUCUGCGAAGCUGCUGGCCCAGGUCAGCGCCCCUGAGGAGCUUGGGCCGGAAGUGGAUCACUAGGCUUCUAUGUGAAGUCCCAGGAAAGGAAGCGAUUUCCCUCCCCCUUUUUACCUUCUCUCUCCGUACCAAGGAAUCUGUAUUUUGUUCUCACUUUUCCCUGUUUGGGGAGUGGCCCUCAGGUGUGUGUACUUUCUUGGGACAAUAAAUGGUGCUGA